AUGCCACCGCAUACCUAUGCAUGUUCACGUCUCGCUCCCCUUCAUCCGGGCAACUUUGUCAACCGGUGCAUACGCAAAAUGGACGAAAGGCCCAACCGCAGGGACACCAAAGUUUGGCGAGCGCUUCCAUAUGUCAAGAACAUUUCGGAAAAUGUUGGCCGCCUUCUCGCACCGCUGGGGGUUGGAGUUGCACACAGGCCAGAGGCAACCAUCAGGCGUCAACUGAUGAAACCAAAAGACCCACUGCCACGGCAAGAAACGUCUGGAGUCGUUUAUCGGAUCUGGUGCAGUUGCGGACAAAGCAAGUACGUCGGAGAAACCGGAAGACAGCUCCGAACGCGGAUGGCCAAACACGCUGCAGCAGUGCGGAGAAAUGACGCCAGCUCUCAAGUUGCGGCUCAUUCGACGAGUUCCGGCCACACAUUCAAAUUUGACGGGGCCGAAGUUCUCGCAAGAGGUGACAACCGCGUGAGCCGGGAGCUGCUUGAGUCACGGUUCACUGGCCCUCAGUCUAUUAACAAGUGCAAUGAUCUUCCCAUUCAAUACAGCGUGCUGAGACUUCGUCUAGGCGGAGAAAUUGGCCACGCGGAGAGCGCCCUGAUGAACACUCUUCCCAACACCCGGGUCAGCGCGUCAGAUGGUCCAGCAAUCAUCACACCAACAUCCAACGCACGUGAUGAAAUUGCAGCAAUUAACGACGCGAAUAUCGACCAUCACGCCACGUGCAACGAUCCCUGA